AUGGCAGCACAGUUACCAGGAAGAACAGACAAUGAUAUCAAGAACUACUGGAACACAAAGCUGAAGAAGAAGAUGAUGAACAACUUAAUCACCCUACCCAAACUUAGAAAACCUCUUCAACAUCUUCAAUGUUUCAGUUCUUCAACAAACUACAGCUACCCAUCACAAUCGAUUUUUCAAAAUAGUAAUAUCAAUGUUAAUGCUCCAUUAUCAUCAUCAAUAUCAUCGUCUCCAUCAUAUUUGUACAGUACAAAUACUUCUAGCUACCAUGAUCAAACCUUAUCUAUCCCAUCUAGCCCUAGAAUUAAUGCUACUAAUCGUCAACAUCCAGUUCUCCAAUCACAGAUCAUGGAUUUCUCGGUUUGGUUUCCACGGAGACUUACUAGCAGGAGGUAA